AUGGACCAGAGGGUCAUUCGUGGGCUACCCAGGGAGAUGUCAGUCAAUGACAUCAAAGAGGAUCUAGUGAGCCAAGGCAUCGCAGACGCCGAGGUUCAGCAGAUGACCUCAAGGACCACCAAGAAGCCACUUCCGCUCUUCCUCGUCAAGACGAAGAUGCCGGAAAAACUUGCAGAGAUCCAGAGGCUGGCCAUGCUCACGGUCAGCUUCGAGAGGAAGAAAAAGUCUUCCGAGCCCAGCCAAUGUUACCGCUGCCAGCGGUACGGGCACACACAGCGGAACUGCCGUCUCGCUGAACGCAACGCUGUGGCAGUGAUGGCGAAGCGGAUGAAGGGGAAGAUUCUGGCGGCCCCCCUUUCGCAAUGGGCAAAACUAGCGGGGGCCAAGUAUGGCUCUUUGGGCUAG